GUUGCGUGGACUGUAGGAUGCCCGCGUGACCUUGGGGUGGGUCGGAGAACAGCUAUCGCCAAGCAGGGCGGCCCCUCCGCGGGAUCGGGACAGGCGACUAGUUUCCUCCGGUUCGGCCCACAUUUACGGGCUUCCCACUAGAACUGUACAUCCUUCCCUCGUGUCGCCCACGCAGCCCUUCAUUCAUUCGGACGUUAUGUCUGGAACCACCACCGGCUUCUGUGGCUGAAGCUUACGUUUCUGGGAUACUCAUGAGGACCAUGAUACCUCUACUGAGAAUGCAGAUGAGUCCAACCAUGACCCCCAGUUUGAACCAAUAGUUUCUCUUCCCGAGCAAGAAAUUAAAACGCUGGAGGAAGAUGAGGAGGAACUUUUUAAAAUGCGAGCAAAGUUGUUCCGAUUUGCUUCAGAAAAUGAUAGCCCAGAAUGGAAGGAACGAGGCACCGGUGACGUCAAGCUCCUGAAGCAUAAGGAUAAGGGGACCAUCCGCCUCCUAAUGAGGAGGGACAAGACCUUGAAGAUCUGUGCCAACCACUACAUCACACCCAUGAUGGAGCUAAAACCAAAUGCUGGCAGCGACCGCGCCUGGGUCUGGAAUACCCAUGCUGACUUCGCCGAUGAGUACCCCAAGCCGGAGCUGCUUGCCAUCCGCUUCCUAAAUGCUGAGAAUGCACAAAAAUUUAAAACAAAGUUUGAAGAAUGCAGGAAAGAGAUUGAAGAGAGAGAAAAAAAAGGAAUAGGCAAAAAUGAUAAUGCGGAAAAAGUCGCUGAAAAGCUAGAAGCUCUGUCUGUGAAGGAGGAGAACAAGGACCCUGGAGAGGAGACUGAAGAGAAGUCAGACAAGCAAUGAGUCCUCUUUAACUUCUCUCCCUUUCCUUCCUUUCUUUUCUUUUUAAAAUUUUCCCCUCCCGCUUCUUUUUGUUUUAUUUUUAAUUCUGUUUUGUUUCUACAAGGGACUUUAUAUAAAAGAACUGAAUCUCGAUAUUCAGACCAUUUUUGUUUUGUUUUUCUAAGUUUUUACCCUAUUGAAGAUGACUUCAGAAAAUCCAUUCCCCAGUCAUGAAAAUGUACUGUGCUAACUUUCUUUUCCAUAGUGGAAACACUUAUUUAUAGUCAUCAAAAAUAGUAAAUAAAAAAAUGCAUUUGAAACCUGG